AUGUCUAACCCUCCUUCAUUUAAGUCACAUAAGCAGAAUAUAUUCAACACCAACAAUAAUCAGCACGGAAAAAGUGUAGAUUCUUUUGACUUACAUCUCGACGAUUCAUUUGACGCUGCCUUGGACAGUUUACAAAUUAGUAAUAACCCUGAACCACUUAGUAAGCAUAACACAGUUGGAGACAGGGAAAGUUUUGAAAUGAGAACAGUAGAUGAUUUUUCAAAUCACUCUUCCGAUUCACAUCGUAAGUCUUCAAACAUAGAUACCCGUCCUUUGAUGUACGACAAUCGUCUUUCGCAAGAUGAUAAUUUCAAAUUUACUAAUAUUGCCUCAUCGCCACCAUCAUCCUCAAAUAAUAUUUUCUCAAAAGCCCUCUCAUUUCUGAAAGCAACCAACACCAAAAACUGGUCCAAGUUUGGAUCUCCCAUAGAACUCAGUGAUCAGCACAUAGAAAGAGAAAUACAUCCAGAUACGACCCCUGUAUACGAUAGAAAUAGAUACGUUUCCAACGAGCUAUCCAAUGCGAAGUAUAAUGCCGUAACCUUUGUGCCAACCUUAUUAUAUGAACAGUUCAAAUUCUUUUACAAUUUAUACUUUUUGGUAGUAGCAUUAUCUCAGGCCGUUCCCGCACUUAGAAUAGGGUAUUUAUCAUCAUAUAUUGUACCUUUGGCGUUUGUGCUGACAGUUACUAUGGCAAAGGAAGCUAUAGAUGAUAUUCAGAGGAGAAGACGUGAUAAAGAAUCAAACAAUGAAUUAUACCAUGUGAUAACAAGAAAUCGUUCUAUUCCAAGCAAAGAUUUGAAAGUUGGAGAUCUCAUAAAAGUUCAUAAAGGUGAUCGUAUUCCUGCUGAUUUGGUUCUUUUACAAUCAAGUGAACCAUCUGGGGAGUCAUUCAUAAAAACAGAUCAACUGGAUGGAGAAACUGAUUGGAAAUUACGUGUUGCGUGUCCCUUGACUCAAAAUCUAUCUGAAAAUGAUCUGAUUAACAGAAUUAGUAUAACGGCGUCAGCUCCUGAGAAAUCUAUUCACGAAUUCUUAGGUAAAGUUACUUACAAGGACUCCACCUCAAACCCUUUAUCUGUUGAUAAUACCCUAUGGGCGAAUACUGUUUUAGCUUCCAGCGGAUUUUGUAUAGCUUGUGUUAUAUACACUGGUAGAGACACUAGGCAAGCUAUGAAUACAACUACAGCUAAAGUUAAAACUGGUUUACUAGAGCUAGAAAUCAAUAACAUUUCCAAGAUUCUUUGUGCAUGUGUUUUCAUCCUUUCUAUUCUUUUGGUUGCAUUUGCUGGCUUGCAUAAUAAUGACUGGUAUAUUGACAUAAUGAGAUAUCUAAUAUUGUUUUCGACCAUCAUCCCAGUAUCAUUAAGAGUGAAUUUGGAUCUGGCUAAGAGUGUUUAUGCACAUCAGAUUGAGCACGAUAAAACUAUUCCUGAAACGAUUGUUAGAACAAGUACGAUUCCGGAGGAUUUGGGCCGUAUUGAAUACCUUCUGAGCGAUAAGACCGGGACGCUUACUCAAAACGAUAUGCAACUAAAGAAAAUACACUUGGGUACUGUAUCAUACACGUCAGAAACAUUGGAUAUUGUAUCUGACUAUGUUCAAUCCUUGAUAGACUCUAAAACAGACUCAUUAGCCAAUUCUAAAGUAGCACUAUCAACCACAAGAAAGGAUAUGUCAUCACGUGUAUGUGAUAUGGUUUUAACUUUGGCAAUUUGUCAUAACGUUACACCCACUUUUGAAGAUGACGAACUUACAUAUCAAGCAGCAUCGCCUGAUGAAAUUGCCAUUGUUAAAUUCACCGAAUCGGUUGGCUUGUCACUUUUUAAAAGAGACCGCCAUUCAAUUUCCUUAUUACAUGAACAUUCCGGGAAAACUUUAAAUUACGAAAUUCUACAAGUUUUCCCUUUCAAUUCUGAUUCCAAACGUAUGGGUAUUAUUGUUCGCGAUGAACAACUAGAUGAAUACUGGUUCAUGCAAAAGGGAGCUGAUACAGUAAUGGCAAAGAUUGUGGAAAGUAAUGAUUGGUUAGAGGAAGAAACAGGCAACAUGGCUCGUGAAGGUUUACGUACCUUGGUUAUUGGUCGUAAAAAAUUAAAUAAGAAAGUUUAUGAGCAGUUUCAGAAAGAAUAUAAAGAUGCCUCUUUAUCGAUGCUUAAUCGUGAUCAACAAAUGAAUCAGAUUAUUGCGAAAUAUUUAGAACAUGAUCUUGAAUUAUUAGGUUUAACCGGUGUAGAAGACAAGUUACAAAAGGAUGUCAAAUCAUCUAUUGAGUUACUUAGAAAUGCCGGUAUUAAGAUUUGGAUGUUGACAGGUGAUAAAGUGGAGACUGCCCGUUGUGUUUCUAUAAGUGCAAAGUUAAUUUCUCGUGGUCAGUAUGUUCAUACCAUAACCAAAGUCACCAGACCGGAAGGUGCAUUUAACCAGCUGGAGUACCUAAAAAUCAAUAAAAAUGCUUGCCUUUUAAUAGAUGGUGAAUCUCUAGGAAUGUUUUUGAAGCAUUACGAACAGGAGUUCUUUGACGUCGUGGUUCAUUUGCCUACCGUUAUAGCCUGUCGUUGUACACCUCAGCAAAAGGCAGAUGUUGCCUUAGUAAUUCGUAGAAUGACAGGCAAAAGAGUAUGCUGUAUUGGUGACGGUGGUAAUGAUGUUAGUAUGAUUCAAUGUGCAGAUGUUGGUGUUGGUAUUGUUGGUAAGGAAGGUAAACAGGCCUCCUUGGCUGCUGAUUUUUCUAUAACGCAAUUUUGUCAUCUUACCGAGUUGUUAUUAUGGCAUGGUAGAAACUCUUACAAAAGAUCUGCUAAACUAGCUCAAUUUGUCAUGCAUAGAGGUUUGAUCAUUGCAAUCUGUCAAGCGGUAUAUUCCAUUUGUUCAUUGUUUGAACCUAUUGCACUUUAUCAAGGUUGGUUAAUGGUCGGUUAUGCGACCUGCUAUACAAUGGCUCCAGUAUUCUCAUUGACUCUUGAUCAUGAUAUUGAAGAAUCAUUAACGAAAAUAUAUCCAGAACUGUAUAAAGAACUGACAGAAGGUAAGAGUUUAUCAUACAAAACAUUCUUUGUUUGGGUUCUACUAUCGCUGUUCCAAGGUUCUGUAAUUCAGCUAUUUUCUCAGACUUUUACAAGCUUAUUUGAUACUGAUUUCACGAGAAUGGUUGCUAUCAGUUUUACUGCUUUGGUUGUGAAUGAAUUGAUCAUGGUUGCCUUAGAAAUUUACACAUGGAAUAAGACAAUGUUUUUCACUGAAAUUGCUACGUUAUUAUUUUACAUCUUAUCGGUCCCAUUCCUCGGAGAUUAUUUUGAUUUAGCAUAUAUGACUACCGUCAAGUACUAUGCUGAACUUUUGGUCAUUUUACUCAUUUCAAUUUUCCCCGUUUGGAUGGCAAAAGCAAUUUAUAGAAGGCUACAUCCUCCAAGUUAUGCAAAAGUGCAAGAAUUUGCCACCCCAUAG